AUGGAUUCAAGCAAUUUUGAUUUCACGCUUGGUAGGGAACUUGAGGAUGAUGUUGUAGAUGUUGAAGAAGUUGAACUUGGAGGUAAUUCUAAUGCUCAUGUGUCUACGAAUGCCGAUGUUAUUGAUGUUCAAGAUGAUAUAGUAGUUGAAGUUAGACAAAAUACUGAAAAUAGACUCAAAAGAAAGGUUCCACCACGAGUGCCUAAACCUAAAAAAGAGCCUGGAAAAAGAUAUAGAUCUCCUUAUUGGGAUCACUUCAAUGAUAUCAAAGAGGAGGGGGUAACCAAAUGGGCUGAGUGUAAGUAUUGUAAUAAACGAUACGCGGCUGAAAGUAAAAAACACGGCGUUAGUAAUUUGAAAGCUCACAUCCCCGCUUGCCCACUAUAUCCUAAUAGAGACCAACAUGGACAACAAAACCUUUCAUUUCGACCCACAGACGGGGGCAGUGUUGACGUUGUGACGCAUGUCUUUUCUUUUGACGAUUGUAAGAGAGCUCUUGCCGAAAUGGUCAUCAUUGAUGAACUACCUUUUAGGUUCGUUGAGGGGAUUGGGUUCAGAAAAUUUUGUAAGGUCAUGCAACCUAAGUUCUCAUCGGUUUCUCGCCAAACGAUAACUAGAGAGGUUGGUGCAAUUCAUAAAAAUGAGAGGGGAAAACUGAAAAAAUUCUUGAAGGGUUGUAGGAUUUGCCUCACGACUGAUACAUGGACAUCAAUUCAAAAUCUUAACUACAUGUGUCUCACUGCACACUUCAUUGAUGAUGAUUGGAAGUUACAAAAGAGAAUCUUAAACUUUUGUCAAAUUGAAGAUCAUAAGGGAGUUACCAUAGGCAAGAAAAUUGAGUCAUUGUUGCUUGAAUGGAAUGUUGAUGGUAUUUUUACUUUGACGGUAGAUAAUGCAAGUUCGAACGCCACGGCUAUUGAGUACUUGAAACGGAAAACAAUGGAUUGGAAAAGGACUGUCUUGGAGCAUGAGUAUAUACAUAUGCGAUGUUGUGCACAUAUUUUGAAUCUUAUUGUUGUUGAGGGGUUGAAAGAUACUAGUGAGUCUAUUCUCCAUGUUCGUGAUGUUGUGAGGUAUGUAAUAUCUUCUCCACAAAGGAUGGAGACAUUUAAUAAGUGUCUGGAGAAGGAGAAAAUUAAGUCAAAACAAACUGUGUGUCUUGAUGUGUGUACUCGGUGGAAUUCCACUUACUUAAUGUUAGAAGUAGCCAUCAAGUUUGAGAAGGCAUUCCAAAGAAUGGGGGAGGAAGAUAGUAGUUUCAUAAAAUUUUUUGGCAUAAAGGAAGGCGAUGAGGAUUUGUCAUUGGAGUUGGAGGGCCUAGGUGGGAGCCAUAUGAUUAGUGUCCCAACUCCAAGACAACCAACUAUCCCAAACAAGCUUGAUUGGAAGAAGUGUGGGUUGUUUGUUACAUUCUUAAAACUUUUUUAUGAUGCAACCAAGAAAUUUUCGGCUUCUCUAUUUGUCACAUCCAAUAUGUUCUUUCAUGAGUUGUAUGAGGUUCAAGUGAAGAUAGAUGAAUUAAUCGCCAACCGAGAUCCUUAUAUGUCUUCAAUGGCAAUUGAAAUGAAAAGAAAAUUUGAGAGGUAUUGGGGGGAUCAAGAGAAAUUCAAUCCCCUACUUUAUGUGGCAGUGGCAAUGGAUCCCCGGUUUAAGUUAAGGUUGGUGAAGUUUUGCUAUACAAAAUCCAAAGGGAAGGCGGAGGGUGAGAAAAUGGAGAAAAAAGUGAAGGAUGUUUUGAACCGAUUGUAUGAUUCUUAUGCAAAAGAGGGUGAAGUUAGACAACAUGUGUCUAGUGCAAGUCCAAUGCCGAGAGUGGAGAAUGAGGAUUGUGAUUCUCGCUUGAAUUUAGCUAUGGAAUUUGACACUUACUUGGAGGAGGAGUAUUCUAGUGUUUGUUCCUCGGAGGUAGACAACGCGUGA